AUGCCGUUCAGUAUACCUGUGUCCAACAACAACAACGAUACUCUCCCACCGCUGCUGCUGCCCGAUCUCGUGCACGUGCAGCCGGUUUCCUUGUCUAACGCGACAGACCCUCUACUAAACAGCUGGAGCAAUAGACUCGGUGCGGGUUCUAAGAGCAAUGCCGCGAGUGUCAAGGGGUUGAUGAACUCACCCUCACCACCAUUGAAACAAUCAGAUCUGGAAAACUUGGCUCACGUGGCCACUAAAAAUUUGAGAAAUUCUCCAGUCUUGGAACAGUUGAAUAACUCAGUAGUGCCUCUUAAGGGGAUCUCUCGUGCUCAGAAACCACACUACAUGAACCCAGUCGGUAUAGCCUCAAUCACCCCGCCUCCCAGUGAGCCACCAAGCAACUCGAUAACUCCGCUUGUAGUUCGCGCUAUAGUCACUCAGGAUUUCGAUGACGGAAAUACGAGGAAAAAACCAGGAAAGAAAAGAUUCUCGUUCUCACCUAAGAAAGUCGCCAAGAUAAAGAAACAGGAACCAAAACCUUUGAAGACGUCGAAGAGACAACGGAACGGUCCAAGUUGUGACCAGUGCAGAUUGAAGAAAAUUAAAUGUGAUGCAAUUAUAGAGGUCAUUGCACAGAACGAAUCGAUACUCACUCUGUGCAACGAUAAACUACACCACGUACUGACCAAACAGGAGUUCACAGACGCUCUACCAGCCCUGCAGAAACUCAGCAUACACGCAAGCACGUGGCACGAUAUUAAGAAGAACGAUUGCCACCUCGUUAAACACUUGGACAAGUUGAUCAUCUUCAAAUCGUGUACCUCAUGCUACAAGAAACAGGGGAGACACGAAACAAACUACGCCGUCACAACACCAGACAUCGAAUGCUGCAUCUUUUCCAAGGGGUUCACGAGGUCAGACAUCAAUAUCUUCUCCAAGAUCUCGUCGCUUUCAAGCAAUAAAACACAGAUAGACGAAAUGACAGUCACUGACUACCAUAAUACAGGGUUCUGA